AGUAAAGGGAACUUGAUGAGCACAUAUGGACACAAUUCUAAUGAUUCCUUCUCACUGAGUAGUGCGCCCAUGGGAGGUGGGCUCAUCACUAGUCCGAGACCAUUACCGAGAUCACCAUUGAGAGUCCCUCCUAGAUACAGCCCGACGUUACUACCAGGAAGGUUAGAUAGUCUAUAUAAAGAUCUGGAAGACUUCUAUUAUACACCCAUUGAUGAGACUCUUAAAGGCCUUGUGCCGCCGCCAGCUGUGCCGGACGUAUCGGUCUAUCGUCUGUGCAGACGAGUUUAUAAGGAGAAGGCGAUUUCAGCACUACUAGACCCCUGGGAAAACAUUGAAGAUGAGAAGGAUCUCUUUGAUACUCUGGUAACCGACAUAUGCUUGAACUCUGUUGCAUGGACAGAGUCCCAGGAUCCGUUGCUCAUCGUAACGACAGUUUCAAUGGAUCGCGACUUGUUCCAAGCUAGCACCAUAUUCCUUAUGCAUUUCCUCCAUCUCAAGCGACCCACCUAUCGUAUACGGUGUGGCCUCUGGAUGCUCACGGCUAUCACAGCUUCUAUUCGGCGGAUAUCCAACCAUUUCCCAGAGCUACUGCAAAUCGCAAAGGCAUGGUCGAAUGAGAACCUCCUAUAUGUGACGGUUGCCUUGCAUGACCAUCUUGCCACAACUGCUGAUGCCAAGUACUUUGAUAAGACGGGUCACGCCUUUUACCGCAACAGAGAGGUUGAGCAUCGAGGAACCGAACUAGCGGCGAAUGGCGUCCUCACAGGACGGGCUAUUACUGUUACCAGAGCUGGCGAUGCCGAAGGAUCAGAGAACUUCCAAGUGACUAGGGAAGGCCAUGAUAAACCGUUCAUGGAUAUUGCUCGGGACUUUGUCAACAACCCAGCAGCAAAAGGGUCAUCGAUCGCCAAAGACAUGGCCAAGUUGGCGAAUGAGCACCUCACAGAAGUGUUGCCAGUACCAAUAUCGCCCACUCAAGUGGAGAUCGAUCAUAAGCUACGGGCGAUGAAAUGCCGGAUGGAUGUGAAGUUGCAAUUGAAAGAAGGACGGUCAAGAAGAGGUUACACUCAGAUGAAGAAAAGGAAAACGUAUCAACCGACUCUUGCGGCCCUACCCUUCGAUACCAAGCCUACGUGGCUGGCAACGCGUCGCAAUCCAGAAAUAAAGGACGCUGAUGUGAGCCCAGCACCAUUACCCUUGGAAGAUUCAUCCGACGGGACUUGA